AUGAGUGACUCUGAUGUCGAAACGAGCGUCCAUGGCGGCGUCUACCACCGCGGCAACUUCGAGUACAACGGCGAGGGCAUGAUCAUCGGCUUUGCCCACGAGCGCAAGGACAGCUCCGACCUGAGCCCGACCUGCGGCAAGCGCAAGCUCCGGACACACAAGACGGUCGACUGCGCGUUCCUCACCGACUCGGAAAAGUCGUCGAGCGACGACGCGCCGCUCGAGUGA